AUGCACGUUAGUAUCACAACGAACGUCGAGCUAAGUCGGCAAGAUCUACCGAUGCUGUCUGCAAAUGACGUCCAAAUCUUAGCUCAAGCCCUGCUUACGGGUAAAGCCAAUGUCAAGAAGCUAGGAAACAUCAAGAAAGAGCAUAAUAUCAAAUCGAGAGAUCGAGUUAUUGUUUUCAUCGGUCUCUACCGCCCACUUGGCGAUCAGUUCUUCAGCAGCAAUGGAAGUUCUAGUCUUCAGCUAGCGACCACCCAGGAGCUCGGAGGGAGGGCACUGCACUGUUUUUAG